GUGGGGCGAACUGCGAGUGGAAUGCAAAAGCACUGAUUGUCUCUUCCAAACUCCUGAAUGAGCUGAGAUAAUGAUAUCAAAGUUCUUGGUUAAACCCAGGGUAAGUCUGGUCCCUGACAGACAGAUUUGAAUACCUAAAGGCCAGGAGAGAAGGGACUGGAUGUCCAAAGUAACAGGAUGAAAGAAGUGGAUUCAAGGGACAUUUCCCAUGACAAAACCCCUGCUAUUUCCUGGAGCACUGAGGCUUCAUAUACAAACAUGUCUGGGUGACUGCCAAACCAAAAGGUCAACCAGUGGCCCUCAGGGUUGCAGCUGACGUCAAAGCUCACGUCUAUCAUACCGCCUUAAACCUACAUUGAGCUCAUAUAUCAACAUUUUUUGCAGAAGUAAGUAUAAAAAUCUUAUUCUGAAGGGACAAGAGUGAACUAUGGCUUUAGAGCGGAAUGAAAGUGUCCUCAGACAUUGUGGUCCCACAGCAAGAAUGCAAGGUUCUUUGUGUCAAACGCUGAUAAAUAUCUGCUUUAUUUACAAGCGAACUUGUAUAAAUCACACUAAAUAGGGUAUUGAAUUUGAACCAUUUCACUUUUCUCUAGUGUUUAAAUUAGAAAAUGUUUUCCUUUAUUUUCUAUCAAAAGAAAUCCAAGCAUUCCUUUCAUUGUUAAAAAAAAACAAUUUUUUAUCUAUUUUCUCAGGUUGUCCUUCUUUAAAUUAAAAAAAUUAUCUGACAUGUUUUUGUGAGAAAAAUGUAAACGAGAAGUAAAGGUGCUAUUACCACAUAUCACACAUAACACAUUCAGUGGUAUGUUUGCUAAGAUACAGACUUGUUUUGUUGUCAUAGAAAUAGACGCCACGAUGAAAGCACAUAUACACAUGACCCCUACCUUAUCAGGCAGCCAUAUUUUUACAGUAACAAAACAUGUCAUGCAAACAGAAAGGAAUGCAAUUGAUCAGUGACAUUCUAUUGUAGCAUGAACUUUUUGUUUCUAUUUUCCAUUUGUGCUGUCAGAAAAGAAUUAAAAAUAUGUAAUAUUUUUAGGUCAGUAAAAGCCAGCAUCUUCAUGCCAUUCUUGAUGUGAUCAACUGUUAACAUGUUUGCUGCUUUUCAGCAUUCCAGUUAUGAGAAUGCUGCUCUCCAUCCUCAUACCAGGAUCCCAGCAACUGCCACAAAAUUACGUCAGAAACAUUUUUCUUAUGAGGUUCAAAAGGUGGAUUUAAAAUUUAAAGUCUUAUGAGGUAAUUUUGUUCACAGGAAAAAAACGAAUCAUUAACCAAAAACGUUCAUCAAAAUUUGUCAGGUAUGGCGUGACAUUUAAUUUCACCACAUUCACCGCAGCACGUCUGUAGUUGUUUCACUUCUGCUCAGUUCUUUCACAUGGGACAUCCUGUUGAGCACAUCUGCAUCUGUUGCCCCACUACAGUAUAGAUCUGAUUCUGUGUCUGCAUGCGUUCACGUGUCUGUUCUUUCACCACAUUAGCAUAAAAACGCACAGAUUUCAUGUUGCUGCAGAGCAUUUUGGUUCCAGUGCUGAACUGUUUGCAAAGUGGUUUCAAUGCGGUGGUUCUCUGCAUCAAAUGUCUAAAAUGAGUCUCACAUUUUCUUUCCUUUGUAUUCUGAAAAAUGCCACAAAGACAUGUGGCGGUGCAAGUGGGAUAAUGGAAUAACUUUCCUCUCUCUUCUGCUCUCAUUUCAUAGCUGUAAGAUUUUCAAAAGUCUGCUUGCCCUUGUGAUGUGGGUUAGUCUUGCCAGAGAGUAAUUUUAAUGUUUUUUCUGGGUCACUGUGCACUUCCAGUGGACCUCUCGUUAAUUAUUGGGCCUCAGAGACACUGUGGGUCAUGUACAGCAGAAAGCUUCCAAAACUGCCCAUGCUUUCACCAGACUGUCAGAAUGGAUCUAAGGCCAAAUGACUGAGACCGGCUUGAUUGUGUGCAGAGGUAAAAGUGACUGAAUAUUACACAGAGCUGAACAGAUAAUUGUUUUCUGUUCCCUUACUCAUCUAUCAACUCAUCUUCAUCAUUUUUCAAUAAUGCAAUCUUCUUAUGUACAACUUUAACAUGAAUUAUAGAGACGAAACAUCAUAUUCCAGAACAAUUGACCUCUGCAGGUCAACUGGACACCCCCACUUCUCCCAUUUUGCAAGACAUAGAACAUCUAAAACCCUCUGAGGUCAGUCAGUUCAAAAGCUUAAAACAAUGCAAGGGAGUUGCAGAAAUUUCAGAGAGGCUCAAGGCUCACUGUUAUCUGUCCUGCAGACUCCGGGACAGCAGCCAAACUGAUGCCAUCUCAAGGAGAGGAACGCAACAAAAUGGCAGGAAAUUCCUACUCGGUUUGCUCCCAUCAGAAAAAGAAAUUCUUUUCAAAUGUGGCUACCGAGCAGCAGCAGUUGUUCUUAAAAAACAAAACAAUUACUGCGGCAUUGUCAUGUAACAAUGACCAGAAUGGAACUGUUCACUGAACCAGGAAACAUAUCGAGCUUAGUCUGAACUUAAAAAGAAAAAAAGCUUUUUCUGCACGAAGCACAAGCUUUUUAUUUAACUUUUUUUUUAAUAAGGAUUUGCUGUCACAGUCAUGCAAAACAACAAAGAAUAGAGAUCUUUAGUUUGUACAAGAGGCCACCUAGUGGUAACUCAUCUAUAUGCACAUAGAUUUUUAAAAAAAAAUACUUGAUUAAAUUAAUUAAGAACAAUAAGGGAUAUGUUUGUUCCUGAGCUGCUGGUAGCAGUUUGAAUGUAAAAAGGUUUGAUCUCCAAGUCAUUCAUUAGAUUAAGUGUUUCUUGUUAGUUUUUUCAGUGUAACCUUCCUUCCAAUGACCUAGAGAAGUUGUAUAGUUCAUUGUGUUAAAUUUGCAUUUGCUAUUGCUAUCACUAUACAGUUAAUGUAUGAAACUGUCAUACAUUAAAUAUGUUUUUAAAACUGCUCUAUAAACCAGAUAUGAAAACAAUAGUCAAACAAUCUUGUGCUAAACCUGUAUUACUCAUCACAAAGUAAUGGUAAUGGUAAGUAAUCUGCAAACCAGAGAUCUUCUCUUUACUACAGAGUCAAGAGAAAACCUAUUAUUGUCUUUUUAUCAAUAAAACAUAGCUUAUUUGCUAUAAGAGUGCCAUUAUGAACUUAUGCUGCCAUCUGGUGCCUACAGUGGAAACACUGAAACUAUGACAGUAUUAAUCCAGCUGUUUUAAAUAUUUAGAGUUCAGACCACUAUAAUCUCGUACUCUUGUUAUUGUUAUUGAUGUGGCCAGAAAUUUUAGCAAGGCACAUAAAAAACAAGGUUCAGUUUCCCACACAUCUCCCUCCAAAUAACAAAACAAGCCAAAAUAACAAGGACAUGAGAUUUAAUGAAAGAACUCCAGGUGGUUGAUAACAUGUGGCCUUGUGAUGGUCUGAGAAGGGUUUUCACCAGCCCCUAUCACACUGCUUAACUCACUUUGAUCGUCUGUACUUUGCAGCAGUUCUGUCUUUUCAACCAGGACAUUUUUAAGACACCAGCAUGUCAAUGGAGAAGAAGGUUGUGUUGAUCACAGGAUGCUCAUCUGGGAUCGGACUCAGCUUGGCUGUUCGACUGGCCUCUGACACCAGCAAAGUGUUCAAAGUGUAUGCCACAAUGAGGAACCUGGCCAAGAAAGAACGACUUUUAGACUGUGUAAAAGGUCUGCACCAGGAUACAUUGGAAAUACUUCAAAUGGACGUGACUGAUAGACAAUCCAUCCUGACAGCACGAGACAAAGUUGUGGAGAAACGGGUGGACAUUCUGGUGUGUAACGCCGGUGUGGGUUUGAUGGGACCCCUGGAGGUUCAGUCCUUAGACUCAAUGAGGCAUGUUCUGGAGGUCAACCUUCUUGGCACCAUCCAGACCAUGCAGGUGUUCUUGUCAGGAAUGAAAGCACAAGGUCAGGGCCGGAUUCUGGUCACGGGCAGCACCGGAGGGCUUCAUGGUCUUCCUUUUAAUGAGGUGUACUGUGCCAGUAAGUUUGCAAUUGAAGGCGCAUGUGAGAGUCUGGCUGUCCUCCUGCAACACUUUAACAUACAACUCAGUCUCAUUGAGUGUGGCCCAGUCAACAGUGACUUCUUGAUUAACCUGCAGAAGGCAGAGCUCGGGGAUUCAUCCCUGCAACAGGUUGAUGGCCGAACGCUCAGUCUGUAUGAAAAAUACCUGCAACACUGUAGCACGGUUUUCCAAAAUGCUGCACAGGACACUGAAGAUAUUGUUGAGGUAUUUCUAGAUGCCAUCCAUUCCGCCAGUCCUGCAUUCAGAUACUUCACCAACAGCGUCAUGCCACCUCUUACCAAACUGAAGGUCACAGAACCAGAUGGAAUGGAAUACAUCAAAGCUAUGAGCAAGAUCAUUUUUGCAGAUCAGGACCAAUAACUGCAGAAAUGUUGCUUUUUCAUCCAAGAAACCACUUUAUCUGCAAACCUUGCCCUAAGUGAAAAGAAUAGUGUUUGUUUUUUCUAAUUUUAGCUUCAAGGGCAAAGGUGAUGAAGUGUGUUUUGUAAGAGGAGUUUGCAAAAAAAUGCAACUCCACAUUCUAUAUUUGUCUGAGAGUUAUUGCUUGUGGAGUAAUAUUUGAUAAGGAUUACGUAUAUUGUCUUAAGUCAUUCCACAACCUUUACAUUAGUUUAUUUCAACAAAGCUUUUUAUCUCACAUUCCAUACUUUCUCUGGGAUUGCAGUGCUUCAUGCAAGGCUCUUGCAUUAGAUUGUUGAAACUGAACAUUUUCUAAAAAUGUACCUAUGUAACUCUAGUUUGCUAUUUUUAAUGUAUGGAAAAAAACUGUCCCAUCUUAAAGCAAGACGCAAAAACUGGCUGAACUAUGGUCCAUGUAAAGACCCAAAACCUGGAAUAAUUAUUGGGUGUCACGUUAUAUUAAUAUCCACACAUACAUACAAAAUGAUGCAUGUACUGUAUGUAUAAGUGUAUUUGCAUGUGUGCAUUUUGCAGUUUUUACAUAUAAAAGCAAAAGUUAUCCAAGCCAAACUGAUCCUAGUUGAAAAGCAAUAACAGUUUGGCUGUGUUAUAGAAUAUAUAUAUAUA